UCCUUAACACUUAUAUAAUUCCAAGGACAACAUAAUGCUGGUACCCAAUGCUAUGCCGAUCAGUGUUGGUGCAAGCUGCCACUCGACAUCAUGACCUGCUGUGACCAGAGAUGUGGGCUCAUCACAGGGAUGGUGCUGGGUGCACUGAUCGCCGUGCUUGGGGGCAUUCUUAUCCCUGUGGGUGAUCUUUUUAUUAAGAACACGGUGAACAAGGAAGUGGUGUUAGAAAAUGGGACUUUGGCUUUUGACACCUGGACAUCAGUGGACAUUUCAGUGUACAGGCAGUUCUGGAUAUAUGAUGUGCAGAACCCUGAUGAUGUUCUGGCUCAAGGGGCAAAACCGAAACUUGCACAGAAAGGACCAUACACGUACAAGACUCGUUACAUUCCCAAAACAAAUAUCACAUUCAAUGAUAACUACACCGUGUCCUUCGUGCUGGAGGCGGGUGCAAUCUUUGAGCCAAGCAUGUCAGUUGGUUCAGAAGAGGACGUUUUCACAACUCUUAACCUAGCUGUAGCAGGUCUCUAUGGUUCUUUUGAUCACAAGUUGGCAAAUGUGCUUAUAAAUAUGUUCAUUGCCUCGCUCUUCCAGAAGAGGACUGUUAGGGAACUUUUGUGGGGAUACAGAGAACCAAUGUUGAACAUGACGAUGCUUGGAGUUUUCUAUCCAUACAAUGGCACCACCGAUGGACCUUACACUGUAUUUACAGGCAAAGAUGAUGUCAAUAACGUAGCCAUGAUUGAUCGCUGGCAGGGUGAAAAAUCUGUGAGUUACUGGGAUGACACUUAUUGCAACAUGAUCAACGGAACAGAUGGUGCUUCCUUCCCUCCAUUCCUAGACAAGAAAAAACCUCUGGAAUUCUUCUCCCCUGACAUAUGCAGGUCAAUAUCUACUGUGUAUGACAGCACUAUAGAUCUGAAGGGGAUCAAUGUGUAUCGGUACAAACUGCCUGCCGAGGCUCUGGCAUCUCCAGCGGACAACCCAGAUAACCAGUGCUAUUGUACAAACAAUGUGACAACCAAUGGCUGCACUAUGGCAGGACUUCUCGACGUCACAUCCUGUAGAGGAAUUCCAGUGUACAUCUCUCUACCCCACUUCCUCUAUGCCAGUGAAGAUGUUCUGCAGGGAGUGGAGGGACUGAGCCCGAACUUUGAUGAGCACUCCAUAUUUAUGGACGUGGAACCAAUUACAGGGUUCACUCUGAGAUUUGCAAAGAGGCUUCAACUCAACAUGUUUUACGGCCCAUCGAAGGACAUCUUAAUUUUGAACAAUAUCACAAAAAACACAGUCUUCCCUAUUUUGUGGGUGAAUGAGACUGCAGUUCUAGAUGAUGAAACGGCUGAAAUGUUCAAGAAAGAGCUCAUUUCACGGAUCGAUCUAUUGGAGGGAUUUCAGAUUGGAUUUUUAGCAUCAGGCUCUGUCAUAUUUGUCCUCUGUUUGAUUUGGUUUAUUGUGGCGAGCAGGAAAUCAAAGUAGAAGAUUAAGAUGACUGGUUAGGUGAAAUGCUUUGAGUGUGUUUUUUGUUAGUGCAAUUUACCUAAAUUGAAUAUUGUAAUUGUUAUUUGAGUUCAGAGAACUACAAUUGUAUUUAUAGAAUUCAUAUGGUAUGCAGUUUUGUGAAUUAAAAUAAUUGCAGUAUGUUUUUGCUUGAUAUUGUAUCAAGUUCAAUUUUCAGUUGUUAUCAGGGCAAAAAUGCUGUUAUUCUGUGGUCAUACUGUGGUAAUUUAAAUAUAGAACAGUUUUGUAUG